AUGUCAGAAGAUGUCCCUGACAUUCCUGUUGAUGUUUGUGAAUUGGAGGAUGGCUUCUCUGACGAGGACAUCUCUAUGGAGAUAGAGGAGAUUGAUUCUGAUGGCAGUAGCUGGGACAGUGGAGACGACUCCAUUCAAACUAUCCAGUCCAAGUGGGACAAAGCAUGCAUCACGUCAGACUUAAAUACAGAUGUUGAAAUGCAGGAGAAUCCAGUUAGAGAAUGUAAAAGACCAAGACGGCUCAGAGAGUCAUCAUCAUCACUAUCUGAGGAGGAGGAUGAUCCUGAACACCUAAGAAGACCUCCCCCUUUACCUUUGAAAAUUGCAAGACCAAGAGAAGAGCCAACUUACACUGAACUCUCAACAGUAACUUGCCUCAGUGAUAUGGAGGCUGAAGGACCACUGCACCACACUGAUCAACAGCAAACCUGCCUGACUGAAAUUCCUCGGCGUCCCCAAACCUGCCUGACUGAAAUCCCCUGGCGUCCCCAAACCCGCCUUCCUCAAACCCACCAGCUGAUUCCAGCUACCUGUACUGCUGUCGAAAGAUUGAUUUUGGAGCAGCAAGGGGAGCUGCACCUCAAGGUUGAUCACAUCAUGGCCCUUCUUCAACAACUUUUGCAAAACCGUGAUGUAGAGAGGGGUGAAGAACAACGGCGAGAAUACGACCAGAAAAUUCCCUUAACCUCAGCACAGGACCUUGACGAUUUCGAUGAGCUGCUAGACAGUGACUCAAAUUUUAAGAAAUACAUGUGGCAGUUAGAGGCCUGCGUGUGCACAUUGUCUACAUUCAUGGUGGUUUUAGUUAGAGGCCUGUGUGUGUGUCUGUACAUCGUCUACGUCCAUGGCCGUUUUAGUUAG